AUGACUUCACAACAAAAGAAAAAACGCUUUUCAUUCUUCGUUUCUCCUCCGCGCUCUCCAGUAUUAUCACCAACGACAAAUCACUCCGUUCUUUCUUUGACCACAACUGAUCCCGACGGUUUAUUUGACCGUGCGAAUGUCAGCAAAUCAGUCGACGCACUUGAACGGCUCGUGUCGGCUGCUGAUACGUACCGUGAUUUAAUAACCAGACUGACAAAAGCUUCGAAAGCUUUUAGUAAGGCGCUAAAAGAGUAUGGACACUGUAAAGGCAUGGAAGAGCGACAUGUCAUGUGUCUUCAGUCGACGUCGCAGUUUUAUGAUGGCUUGGCUGAUGUUCAAGGAAGGCUCUACAAAGUUUUACAAAAGGACUUUGACAUUCUCAUGAAGUUUUGGGACAAAUAUUCCAAGAAAGCAAUCAAAGAUGAGCGAGCUCAUGAUAACAACGUGACCGAUCUCGACAAACUAAUAAAAAAGACUGGCAAGGACUAUGAAAAACAAUCAAAGAGGGAUAACAAGGCUGCCGUUGAAUCCCAUGAAAAAUAUAUAUCUACGCUGACGUCACUUGGCGCAGAGAUUGCCCAAAAACGUAAGGAAUAUGCAAUUCAGCUUACCCAACGAGAGAAGCGAGCAUAUUCAAUGAUAGCGCAGAUAGUGUGUCGUCUGGCCGAGGCACAGUUUGCGUCGUUUAAUGAUUCGUUGAAGAAAUGCGGACCAAAUAUCACGAAAAUGAAAGAAUGGGCCCCAUUUGCUGGAGAAAAUAUGCCUCCUCCCCAAGAAUUAAAGGACUUGAUUGAUAAUGAUAAUAAAGAUGACGACAUUGAACAGGCACAAUCAGAAACUCUAUCCAAAAUUUCUUCAAAAAUAAACACUGCAUCACAAGCGUCACAAUCAACUCUCUUUGGUGAUCAAUCGUCCCGCGAAUCUUAUUCGUCUACCGCUUCUUCAAAACAACUCGCUUCGAACGCGCAGCUCUCGUCUCAGUCUAUCGAUUCCAAUGCCGCUUUCACAGAGGAAUCAUUGUCAUUUCCCAUUCCUCCCGCGCGUUUUCCCAAUGUCAAACCUGCAUCCGCUGAUACUGAGUUGACAUUAUCUUUGGAUAGACUUGAUUCUUUGCAAUCAA